AUGGGUUUCUCCAACUACUUCAAGGCCAAGAAGCCUGAGCCUACCAAGCCAGCAAACCAGCCUCAACCAACCGGCGAACCUGUUCUUACUGAGAAGUUUGCUGCUACUGGGUCCGGUCAAAAUGAUUUCGCUCUCCAGGCCCCGUCGCCAAACUUCGGCUCUUCAAGAGCUUCAGUCACAAGCUCCAUGUUCAUCGACGACAUCAAGCAUGAGGUCAUGGUCAACUACUUGUAUCAGCAACAGUGCUCCCACCUGUGGGUAGCUGAUGGUUCUGGAGAGGUGGAGGGUGUUUUGUUGCGCAAGUCUCGAGGAAACUACAUGGCUUGCCCUCCUAGAUUAGCCGACUCAGCCUUUGCCAUGGCUUGUGCUACUCUAAAUGUUCAGUGUGCAAUGACUGUCAACUCUCGUGUCAUUAAGACCUUCUUGAACUGGUCACCAGAUGCCGUUGACGUGCCAUUGAUGAACGGUCUGCGAGUUCAGAUUCUGCCUACCAUCGAUGAUUUGCCCCGGGCGAGGAAACACCAGUUCGCUGCCUUCGUCGCUUCGGAAGCCCUUCUCGUAGUAUGGGAUGACGAUGCGCUUCACCUAGUCCAGCGCGCUCAGGCCAUUGAGUCUGAGCUGAUGGAGCUCGUCUGGCAGACCGGCGAGGAAGACGAAGAGGAAUCAGAGAAGAAGCAGAACAUCACGUUCGGCGAAGUCGAGAUCGAUGAAGAGAGCGGUCAGAUCCUGCCUGAGAAGCGUCCUGUUCACAUGCAGAACACUUACCUCGUCUCCAUUGUCCUCGUCAUCAUCACUGUCUCACUCGGUGCAGCUGCGCGUCAGCUUGUUAUCGAAGUGUCUGUUGACAACAGCUACACUCGUCUCGCUUUGAUUGCUCUUGCUCCUGUCCAGAUCUUCUUCACCCUGUUCUUUGCUCAAGUCAUCGUCGGUUGCUUGGCCCAGAUCUUCGGUCCUAUUCGCCAGCUUACCAUCAACUCCAAGUUCUACUCGGCCAAGCCUCCCACAAGGCUGCAGAGCACCAUCCUGCCUCACGUCACUGUGCAGUGCCCUGUCUACAAGGAGGGUCUUGGUGCUGUCAUUGUGCCCACAGUUCGAUCCUUGAAGCAGGCUAUCAGCACUUACGAGCUUCAAGGUGGCUCUGCCAACAUCUUCAUCAACGAUGACGGUCUUCAGCUGAUCUCCGAGGAGGAGCGACGUGAUCGUAUUGAGUUCUAUGCUGAUCACUCCAUCGGCUGGGUUGCUCGUCCCAAGCACGGUGAGAACGGCUUCCUGCGUCGCGGCAAGUUCAAGAAGGCUUCCAACAUGAACUUCGCUCUGAUGAUCUCGUGCAAGGUUGAGGAGAAGCUCGCUCAGUACAACCGUGGACCCGAGUGGUCUCAGGCUGAUGAGGCUAUCGCUUAUGAGAAGGCACUCAAGGAGGCCCUCGAAGAGGAUGGACGAGCCUGGGCUGACGGUAACAUUCGUGUUGGCGACUACAUCCUCAUCAUCGACUCCGAUACCCGUGUUCCCUCUGACUGUCUUCUGGAUGCCGUCUCUGAGAUGGAGCAGUCUCCUGAUGUCGGUAUCAUGCAGUUCUCAUCCGGUGUCAUGCAAGUCGUUCACACUUACUUCGAGAAUGGUAUUACCUUCUUUACCAACCUGAUCUACACCGCUAUUCGGUACACUGUCGCCAAUGGUGACGUUGCUCCCUUCGUCGGCCACAACGCCAUCCUUCGGUGGAGUGCUAUCCAGCAGGUCUCAUACGAGGAUGAGGAUGGAUACGAGAAGUUCUGGUCCGAGUCUCACGUGUCUGAGGAUUUCGAUAUGUCUCUACGUCUCCAGUGCAAUGGCUACAUCAUUCGUCUGGCUGCCUGGGCUGGCGAAGGCUUCAAGGAAGGUGUCUCGCUAACUGUAUAUGACGAGUUGGCUCGAUGGGAGAAGUACGCCUACGGUUGCAACGAGCUCCUGUUCCACCCCAUUCGCGUGUGGCUAUGGAAGGGUCCUUUCACGCCUCUGUUCCGUCGCUUCCUGUUCUCCAACAUUCGCUUCACCUCCAAGAUCACCGUCAUCUCAUACAUCGGUACCUACUACGCCAUCGGCGCUGCCUGGAUUCUUACCUCAGUCAACUACUUCCUGAUGGGCUGGUUCAAUGGAUACCUCGACAAGUACUACGUCGACUCAUGGCAAGUCUGGUUCUCCAUCAUCAUCGUCUUCAAUGGUCUCGGAAACGUCGCCCUUGCGGUCAUGCGCUACCGUGUCGGUGAGCGAGGUCUGCUAUACGCUAUCUACGAGAACUUCAAGUGGACUUUCCUCCUCGCUAUCUUCCUGGGUGGUCUCUCUCUGCACGUCAGCCAGGCUAUCCUCGCUCACAUGUUUGAGAUCAACAUGACCUGGGGUGCCACAUCCAAGGAGGCCGAGUUCUCCAACUUCUUCAUCGAAGUCCCCAAGGUGCUCAAGAGCUUCAAAUACUCGAUCGCAUUCUCCCUCUUCUUCAUCGUUGCCAUUGUUAUCUUGGCCGUUGCACCUUUUGUACCCCUCGACUGGCGCAUCACUGACUUCGUGGCUAUCCUGCCCAUGGCUACCGUGGCGACGAGCCAUCUGUUGCUUCCCAUCGCCCUCAACCCUGCCCUCAUGACCUUCUCAUGGUAA